AUUUUGAUGAUGACGGAUAGGAAAAUAGGUUAGUUUAUAAAUUUGGGUCAAACAACUGAAAAUUCUUUGAAUUAUUGAAAAAACUCUUCACAUUUCACCUCAUUAAAUUCAGAAAUGGACUCUAAUUAGUUCAACUGAACUGCAGGAGCAUACAUUACUCUGGGUGAACAUUAUUAAAAUGCGAAUGUUGGAUAGGACAUAAAUUAAAACUGAAUAAUCUCAAACUAUGGAUUCGGAACCGGCUGGUACUUCAAAACUCUCCUGGAAUGAAUUAAAAGGAGUAGUUGGCGAUGUUAGACGACAACUUUCGAAUUUGUCCUCCUCCUUGCUUCCUAGCUCAAUUUCAUUUAGAACGCUCAAAGAUGGCAAGACAAGAAUUUACUUUCUAAGUAUUCCACAAAACUGUUGGGAGACUACUUUAAUGUAUACUGAUGUUCCGAACACUAGUCAACCAAAUAGUAUGAAAUUGCCAUGGCAAUUCGUUAUAGAAUCCAAUUUCCCCAAUCAGGGGCACAUCAGGAAACAUUCAAGAGAAGAACAACUGUUAUGUGAGCGUAAGAGAAUGGCUUCUUGGGGAAUUAACACAUAUGAGCUCCAUUCAGAGUCUGGUAAAAUAAUUUUUCCAGCACAUAGCAGUUUGUAUCAAUGUUCAGACAAUGGUUAUACGAAUGGACCCUUCUUUCCAACUAAACUGAGAUUAGCAUGUACUGGAGCCAAACUGUAUUCUCAAGUAUGCCCCUCAAACCCAGAUCUGGUAGCUUUUAUCUGUAAUCAUGACAUAUGGGUAACACAUACAGUAUCAGGAUCUUGUGUAAGACUGACCUACGCCCAUAAGGGAGGAAGGAAUCUAGCAGAUGAUCCAUUAUGUGCUGGAGUGCCUUCCUAUGUUAUGCAGGAAGAAUUCAAUCGUUAUCAAGGUUAUUGGUGGCAACCUCAUUGUACAGGAGGAAUAUAUAGAAUCUUAUAUGAAGAAGUAGAUGAUGGCAAUGUUAAAAUUUUCUGUUUUCCUUCGUCUUCAACUGAUACAGGAGAAGUGGAGGAAUUUCGUUUUCCGAGGGCAGGUUGUGCAAAUUCUAACUCAUGUCUCAAAAUGGUAGAAUUUAAGUUGAACGCUGUUGAUGAAAUAGUGGAGAUCUGUUCGUUAGAAUUACAGUUCUCUUUAAAUAUGUUGUUUCCUUGGAUGGAAUACAUUGUUAGAGUAGGAUGGACCCCAAAUUCUCAAUACAUAUGGGCACAAUUACUUAAUCGCAGACAACAAAGGCUGGAUUUGGUACUACUAUCCAUUAGCAAUUUUACAGAAGAACUGCCAAAAUAUGAUCAAGGAGAAGGAGCCAGUCCAAGCAGUCCCAUAGUUCAAGUUAUUUAUUCUCAAGAGUCUGCAAUAUGGGUGAAUCUGCAUGAUCUUCUUUAUAUAUUCCCAAUUACCAACCCUAAUGAGAUCAAAUUCAUUUGGGCAUCAGAAGAUACUGGUUUUCGGCAUUUGUAUUUAAUCACCGCCGAAAUAAUGCCUUACAGCAAUGGAACUACCGAAGCCAGAGAAUCGAUGCAUUUCCUCUGUCUUCAACCUAGGAUAUUAUCCAAGGUUACUCUGACUUCAGGAGAUUGGGAGAUUGCUGCCCAGGAUAUUUGGGUGGACGUGGAGAAGGAAUUAGUGUAUUUCAUGGGAUUCAGAGAGACGCCCCUUGAAAAGCAUUUGUAUGUCGUAUCGAUCAGAAGACCUGGAGAAAUAAGACUAUUAACUAGAGCAGGGUACUCCCAUAUGAUCGAUUUCAAUGACGAACUCACAAUGAUGGUAACAUUGUACAGCAACAUCAAGAAGCCCCCAGCUUGCCAAGUAUUUGGCCUAUCUCAUUCCGAUUGGACUGUAGAAGGCAUCACGUUGACGCCUUUGGGUUACCUCAUGGAAUCCAGGCCCGUACCCAACACGUAUCACGGACCUGAAAUCUACACCCAUCAGAUAUUGUCCGGGCAUGUGCUCUACUCCAUGGUGUUCAAACCACACAAUUUCGAUCCAACCAAAAAAUAUCCCACCGUCGUCAAUGUCUAUGGGGGACCUGAAGUACAAGUGGUAUCUAAUACUUUUAAGGGUAUGAGACAGCUGCGGAUGCACAUGCUGGCUUCAAGGGGGUACGUAGUGGUUGCCAUAGAUUCUCGUGGUUCUCAUCAUCGUGGACUUCAGUUUGAGGGACACAUCAAAGGACGUAUGGGCACCUUGGAAUUGAUGGAUCAGGUGGAGGUUUUGAAUUGGCUGUCAAACACUUUGGGCUACAUCGAUCUGUCCAGGGUGGGCAUUCACGGAUGGUCCUAUGGUGGAUAUCUGAGCUUGAUGGGUUUGGUUCAAUAUCCUGACCUCUUCAAAGUUGCAAUUGCCGGUGCACCUGUCACAAACUGGAAACUCUACGAUACGGGGUACACAGAGAGGUAUAUGGAUCUACCGGAGCAUAACCUGCAGGGUUACACAGAGGGCUCUGUUCUUAACUACGUCAACAAAUUUCCCGAUGAGGAGAAUCGGCUGCUUAUCAUACACGGACUGAUAGACGAAAACGUUCAUUUUUACCACACAAGUCAACUGGUCAACGGCUUGAUAAAAGCAGGGAAACCAUAUCAGCUGCGAGUAUACCCAAACGAAAGACAUUCAUUACGUAACCUAGACGCUGGUAAACAUUACGAAACCACAAUGUUAUCUUUCUUUCAGAACAACCUCUAAAUUAGUAUUCCAUAGUAUACGAGGGGGACUCUCAAUACAAACGUCUCGGAUAUUUUAUCAAAACUAAUGAUUUACGAUGCACAAUGAAAAAAUCACUUUCUGAUUUGCAAAAGUUAAGCAGUAAUUUUCAGAGAUCUGUUGAUGCAACGAUGUAUAAUUUUUUUUUAUUGUAUUUGUUAGUAACAAAGUUGCAGGAGAGCCUUCUGCUGGAUUUAUUGAGCGAUUCUUCGGCUCAGUAGUUUUUAGUUGAUUGUAAGCAGCACAUAUAUUUUGUAUUAAUUUUUUUUAUUCGAUAAUUUUAACAAUUUAUUGAUGGUUUUUACGUUUUUUGAACGAUUCUGAUGGAGACUGUGAUAUAUUUGCAAUGAUUGGAUCUUUGGACAUGUUUGUUUAGAAUGACGAUCUCUUCCGAGUGUCCCCUUUUAACAAGGUAUUCUUUUUAUCGUACAUGUGUUCCAAUAAGUAUUAACACCGUCAAAGGUUGUUUUGGAUUUUUAAUUUCAAUAAAAAGAUUUAUUUGUUAGCUCAUUUUUAAAAACAAAUUAAUUCUAACCUUGUGUAAUUAUACUAAACUUUGUUAUUAUUCGUCAAAAAAGUAAUUGGAUUUCAUUAGGAUGCAAUUUAAUUUUAUUCUCAUGAAGAUAAGGAUAUAUUUAUUUAUUCUUGAGGAAAAUCCAAUUUUGUUCUUUCAUUUGACUUUUUGAUGUGGAUGGGCAUGUGUUAUUGAAAUUAACGAAAACCAGAAAUAUUCUCAAAACCAAGGAAUUUAUUGACCUAUAUUUUGAUUGUCUUAAUUUUAAACAAUCUCGACUAUUCAUUACUUAUAAUUGAUUUAUAAGAAACAAUUUCAGAAUUGAUGAUGUUAGGACGAGUCUGAAUUUAAGAAAUGCAUAAUUUGUGUAAGUAAGAAAUAAUAAAUUGAAACCUUACUUUCCUGAA